GGCUGGAGGGAGGUGGCGGGGACAGUGUGUGGCGCUCGGAACAUGGCGGGCGUCUGCGACGCGACCGCCCCGGGAGAAGGCGGCGGUGGCGGCGCGGACGGCACCGAGCGGACGGGCCGCGGCGAGGCGGAGCAGCCGGGCGGUGGCGGCCACGGCCCCGCGCCUCAGCACACCGAGACGCUGGGCUUCUACGAGAGCGACCGGCGGCGGGAAAAGCGCCGCGGCCGCGCAGAACUUUCAUUAUUGAGGUUCCUCAGUGCUGAACUAACAAGAGGGUACUUCCUCGAACAUAACGAGGCCAAGUACACAGAGCGAAGAGAAAGAGUGUACACUUGUAUGCGAAUACCAAGAGAAUUGGAAAAGCUCAUGUUUUUUGGAAUUUUCCUGUGCCUCGAUGCCUUUCUGUAUGUGUUCACCCUGCUUCCUUUAAGAGUCUUCCUGGCACUGUUCAGGCUCUUCACUCUGCCUUGCUAUGGCCUACGGGACAGGCGUUUGCUUCAGCCUGCACAGGUGUGUGAUAUUUUGAAGGGUGUCAUUUUGAUAAUCUGCUAUUUUAUGAUGCACUAUGUUGACUACUCCAUGAUGUACCACCUGAUAAGAGGGCAGUCCGUCAUCAAGCUCUAUAUCAUCUACAACAUGCUAGAGGUAGCCGAUCGUCUGUUCUCCUCAUUUGGACAGGAUAUCUUAGAUGCUCUCUACUGGACAGCCACAGAGCCUAAAGAAAGAAAAAGAGCACACAUCGGAGUCAUACCUCACUUUUUCAUGGCUGUUCUCUAUGUCUUUCUACAUGCAAUUCUCAUAAUGGUUCAAGCAACAACUCUCAAUGUGGCUUUUAACUCUCAUAACAAGUCACUGCUUACCAUCAUGAUGUCCAACAAUUUUGUUGAAAUUAAAGGAAGUGUUUUCAAGAAGUUUGAAAAGAACAAUCUCUUUCAGAUGUCAAAUAGUGAUAUUAAGGAGCGAUUCACAAAUUAUGUGCUUUUGCUAAUAGUGUGCUUAAGAAACAUGGAACAGUUUUCUUGGAACCCGGAUCACCUCUGGGUAUUGUUUCCCGAUGUCUGUAUGGUGAUUGCAUCAGAAAUUGCUGUGGAUAUUGUAAAACACGCCUUUAUCACCAAGUUCAAUGACAUCACUGCAGAUGUCUACAGUGAAUAUAGAGCCAGCCUUGCUUUUGACCUUGUUAGCAGCCGACAGAAAAAUGCAUAUACGGACUACAGUGACUCGGUAGCACGGAGAAUGGGAUUUAUUCCUCUCCCGCUAGCUGUCUUACUCAUCAGAGUUGUAACAAGCUCAAUUAAAGUGCAAGGAAUCCUGUCCUAUGCCUGUGUCAUACUCUUCUAUUUUGGGUAAGAUUAACUGUUCUUGAAUACGUUUUGAUUUUACAGUAAAGUAUGUAUAACUGCAAGAUGUAAUAGAAGCUAAGUGUACCCAAAAUUAUUUUUCUUAAUCUAUGUACUUAAGUUUGAAUCUUUAACCAAAAGUUUACAGUGAGGGCUUUUUGUUGAAGAUUUAUAUUCCAUUCAUACUUUAUUUUGGGGUAAAGUCUUUCACUGCAUUAAUUUUUCCAUAUUUAGAAAUACCUUUGAUUCUCCUGUGUGCCUGCCAAGGUUAAUAUUCAGCACACUGGGCUUGUGUGACAUCAAGCUAAUAAUGCCAACGGAACCUUCUGUGGAUUUGUUGAUCCCAACUAGCUUACAUUUCUGGUUGGGAAACACAAGCAGGAAGUAAACAGCUUAAUUUAUGAUAAUCAUACAUGGUAAUAAGAAAAUGGUGAUGUUUAAUGUUGUUUUGCUACUGUUUGAUGUUUCUCAAGAAGUGAACUAACAAAUAGCUCACCUGAGUUCUGAUGACUUCACCCAAAGGGAAAUCUCGGA